AUGUUUCCGACGAAUACAUGUCCAGGGUUACGGUACCUCUCCAUUUCUCUUAUUUUUCUAUUUGUAAUUAUCCAAAAAGUUCAUGGACUUGAGCCCAUUAUUGAUGCUCCAACUACUCCAAAAUCCUCCGGCACAAUCUCACCAUUUGGAAAUGUGACUCUCACGAACCUACCGUCUAUGACAACCGCAUCCUCUCCUGGAAACCAUACCCAGAUGAAUUUGAAUUCCGAACACCCGGCUACACUGGCACCCAUGCCAACUGCAGCUCGGUCAAAUUUCACUUUUGGCACAAUGCCUACAAUCGUUCCGAUCGUGAACCAAACGGCUCCAGUGUUGUAUCCGGGUAAUGGUACUUUGACGAACUCAACUGCUACACCAAUUGUGCUUGGAGAUGUAACAAUGCCACAUGCAGGGAAUAUGAGUUUGGUUGGUAUGACUACAACGGCUAGUCAUGGAGCACCAGUAGCUGGGAUGACAACUACUGCUGGACAUGGUGCUGGUCCGGCUGCUGGAAUGACAACUACAGCUGGCCAUGGACCUCCUCCAGCUCCUGAAGUCACAACUGUUGGCCACGGAGCGCCUGCCGCCAAUGUCCCAGGAAUGACAACCACAGUUGGGCAUGGAGCCCCAAUUGCUGGAAUGACAACAAUGGGGUUGCCAGCCCCCGAUCUUUCUUAG